AAUUGUGCUGUCAUGGUCAGCCUGGAUCUUUCAGCAGCUUUUGACACCAUUAAUCAUCAAAUGCUUAUUGACAGAUUUGAGGCAGAAUAUGACAUCACAAGAUCUGCCUUAUCUUGGUUUCAAUCUUAUUUUUCUAAUCGUUCUCAAGGUAUUAAACUU